AUGGCUUGGGAACAAGGCUGUCCGGCUAUUAUCGCUUUGACGAAAUGUGUAGAAAAAGGACGAGAUAAAUGUCAUCAAUACUGGCCGGAUAAUGAACAUUCGAGCGUGGUUUACGCUGACAUUGAGGUGACGGUGUUGAGCGAAUCAUCGUUUGAUGAUUUUACGGUGAGAGAACUUCGUAUGAAGAAACUUCACGAGGCAACUCCGCCAAGAAUCAUUCGCCACUUCCAUUAUAUGGCUUGGCCAGAUUUUGGGGUUCCCGAACAUCCGGAAGGCAUCAUUAGGUUUGUUAUGAAGUAUCGUUCAAGAAUACCUCAUUCACCACAGAACCGGCCUACGAUAGUGCAUUGCAGGUGGGUCUAGUU